GCGCGCACUCCGUUUCGGGUUCUUUCUGCCCGUGGGAAAGAUCGCGUUUACCGGUGCAAAAAUAAAGUUGCUGUUGUCAUGUUCAUGUUAAGACAACACAGGGGCAUCCAAGUUUGUACUGACCCUCAAGAAGUUGGGAAUACGAUAAUAACAACUGAACUAAUUGUGCAUGAGGAUUUCUUGGCUUUGAAACGUAUGCUGAACUUCAAUGUUCCUCCAGUUAAAAACAGUGCAGGAGAACCAGUAUGGAAGGUUCUCAUUUAUGACAGAUUUGGCCAAGAUAUCAUCUCACCUUUGCUGUCAGUGAAAGAGCUGAGGGAUAUGGGGAUCACUUUGCAUCUGCUUUUGCAUUCAGAUCGGGAUGCUAUUCCAGAUGUUCCAGCUAUUUACUUUGUAAUGCCAACAGAAGAAAAUAUUGACAGAAUGUGCCAGGAUCUUCGAAACCAGCUUUAUGAGUCUUACUAUUUAAAUUUCAUUUCUGCCAUUUCAAGAAGUAAACUGGAAGAUAUUGCAAAUGCUGCUAUAGGUGCUAAUGCAGUAACUCAAGUGGCUAAGGUGUUUGAUCAAUAUCUUAAUUUUAUUACUUUAGAAGAUGAUAUGUUUGUAUUGUGUAACCAAAACAAAGAACUUGUUUCAUACCGUGCCAUUAACCGACCAGACAUAACAGACACAGAAAUGGAAACUAUAAUGGACACUAUUGUUGAUAGUCUCUUCUGUUUUUUUGUUACACUGGGCGCUAUACCUAUAAUCAGAUGUUCAAGAGGAACUGCAGCUGAAAUGGUGGCAGUGAAACUGGAUAAGAAGCUCAGAGAGAAUCUAAGAGAUGCCAGAAACAGUCUUUUUACAGGUGAUACACUUGGAGCUGGCCAAUUCAGCUUCCAAAGGCCCUUAUUAGUCCUUGUUGACAGAAACAUAGAUUUAGCAACUCCUCUACAUCAUACUUGGACAUACCAAGCUUUAGUGCAUGAUGUUCUGGAUUUCCAUUUGAAUAGAGUUAACUUGGAAGAGUCAGCAGGAACAGAAAGUACUCCAGCAGGUGCUAGACCUAAGAAAAAAAAUAAGAAGUCCUACGAUUUAACUGCGUCUGAUAAAUUCUGGCAAAAGCAUAAGGGCAGUCCUUUUCCAGAGGUGGCCGAGUCUGUUCAGCAAGAACUGGAAUCUUACAGAGCCCAAGAAGAUGAAGUCAAAAGACUUAAAAGUAUCAUGGGCAUUGAAGGGGAGGAUGAAGGAGCAAUAAGUAUGCUUUCAGAUAAUACAGCUAAGCUAACUUCAGCUGUCAGCUCUCUUCCAGAACUUCUGGAAAAGAAGAGGCUCAUUGAUCUUCAUACAAAUGUUGCAACAGCCGUUUUGGAGCACAUAAAGAGUCGAAAGCUGGAUGUGUAUUUUGAAUACGAGGAAAAAAUAAUGAGCAAAUCCACUCUGGACAAAUCUCUUCUGGACAUGAUUUCUGACCCAGAUGCAGGAACUCCUGAAGACAAAAUGCGAUUAUUUCUCAUCUAUUACAUAAGCUCAGCUCAGGCACCUUCAGAGAUUGACUUGGAGCAGUAUAAAAAAGCAUUGAUGGAUGCAGGUUGUAAUCUCGCUCCUUUGAGCUACAUAAAACAAUGGAAAGCUUUCACUAAGAUGGCUUCAGCUCCAACCAGCUAUGGAAAUGCUACACCUAAACCUUUGGGUCUGUUUUCACGUGUUAUGAAUACAGGAUCACAGUUUGUAAUGGAAGGAGUGAAGAACUUGGUACUGAAGCAACAAAAUCUGCCAGUCACACGUAUUUUGGACAACCUUAUGGAGAUGAAGUCAAACCCUGAGACAGAUGAGUACCGGUAUUUUGACCCCAAGAUGCUGCGAGGCAGUGACAGCUCAGUUCCAAGAAAUAAAAAUCCAUUCCAGGAGGCCAUAGUGUUUGUAGUUGGAGGAGGCAACUAUAUUGAAUAUCAAAAUCUUAUUGACUACAUAAAGGGUAAACAAGGCAAACAUGUCCUGUAUGGCUGCAGUGAACUUUUUAAUGCCACACAGUUUAUGAAACAGCUGUCCCAACUUGGCCAGAAAUAAAACUGAAACACCAUUACCUGGAUGGAAACGUGACAACAGAGAAUUGUUACAACAUUCAGAUAUCUUCAUAUCUUUGUCCUUAUAUUAAAACUUAAACCCAUUUCAUUAAUAUGAUAACUUUUUAAAAAAAUCUGUAAUUAAUACAGUGUAUAUCAGCAUUUCAGAAAUAAAACUUAAAACCUA